UUAAAACGAGUGAAUAAAAUUGUAUUGAACUAUAGUUAAGAGAUGUUUACUCAGCAUAACAUUGUUAAAAAUUUCAGAUUUUCUUUCAAAGAAAAGGAUUUUCAGAUUUGAUUUAGGAAAAAAAGCAAUUAAUAAAUAAACAGAAAACAAAAAGGACGCACUGCAUGUGGAAUCAACUAUAGUAAGCUGCACUAAUAAAAUACUCUUAUCCUUUUAGGCCAUCUUUAACGCAGGUCGUUAAGAUAGGAGUGUUUAAAAAAAAUUAAUUAAAUAGUCGGUGGAACCCACGCUUGGACCCACAAAAUUUAAACAAUCGUUGGUUUCAUUGCUUAUUUAAGCAUCGAUGUUUGACGUUGUUUUGCCCUGUUUCACGGGCCCCACUGACAUGUGGCGGUCCGUGAUUGGUGGGCCUUUUAACUUUUUUUUUUUUUUUAAUCACACAAAAAAUAUAAAAAAAAUCAAAUAAGCAACUUCCUAAGCACCUAUGGAUUAAUGAUGCCCUUAGUCCACAUAUGUUCCACUAAUAAAAUACUCUUAUCCUUUUACUUUUAUCAUUUUAUUAUAAACACACAUGCAGACAGAAGUUGGACAGAAAAGUAGUUACAGUCACACACAUGAAUAUUUUUACUUUUAUCACUCCCAGAAGACGGUCACGGGUUGAAGACUUGAACUUGAAGUGCGACAGAAAAGUAAUUAAAAAAAGAACACUGACCGCAGUGGAGUCUCCACUCACAAUGCUUUACUAGUUUAAUUACUCUCAUAUACUCUUCACUCUCGUCCACGAUCUUUACUUUUGAAAGAUGGGAGAAAGAGACGAUGACGCACAAGGUGCUCUAGAGAAGACGAGGAUUCCUCUGUUGAGGGACCUAUAUACGGCGGAGGAGGAAGAUGGUGAUAUAAAGAGAGAGACAUGGAUGGAAACAAAGAAACUAUGGCGAAUCGUGGGACCGGCCAUAUUCGCCAGAGUCUCCACCUACUCUAUAUUCGUCAUUACUCAGGCCUUUGCGGGACACCUUGGCGAACUCGAACUAGCCGCCAUUUCCAUCGUCUACAACGUCAUCAUCAGCUUCAAUUUCGGCCUCCUACUAGGACUGGCGAGUGCGUUGGAAACGCUGUGCGGGCAAGCUUUUGGAGCGAAGAAGUAUGACAUGUUGGGAGUGUAUAUGCAGCGAUCUUGGAUCGUUCUCUUCUUAACCUGCAUCUUGCUCCUUCCCAUGUACUUGUUUGCGUCUCCUAUCCUUAAGUUCUUCGGCCAGCCUGAUGACAUUGCCGAGCUCUCAGGUAUCAUCGCCGUUUGGACCAUUCCUACCCAUUUCGCGCUUGCCUUCUAUUUACCUCUAAGCCGAUUCCUCCAAUGCCAGCUCAAGAAUAGGGUGGUUGCAUUUUCUUCUGGAUUGGCACUUGUGGUUCACAUACUUGUGUGCUGCCUUUUUGUGAACGGUCUUAAACUUGGAGUCAUAGGGACUAUGGCUACUAUUAACGUGUCAUGGUGGUCCAAUGUAUUCAUUUUAUUUACUUACAGUACUUUCGGUGGUUGUCCGCUCACGUGGACCGGUUUCUCCACUGAAGCUUUCACCAAACUAUGGGAAUUCACUAAGCUCUCUGCGUCCUCUGGAAUCAUGAUUUGCUUGGAGUAUUGGUAUUACAGGAUUUUAAUUGUGAUGACUGGAAAUAUGGAAGAUACAAAAAUUGCUGUCGACUCUUUGUCUAUAUGCAUGUCAAUUAACGGUUUGGAGAUGAUGAUUCCAUUUGCUUUCUUUGCCGGGACCGGCGUACGAGUGGCGAAUGAAUUAGGAGCAGGCAGUGGAAGAAGAGCUAGAUUUGCAAUGGUCGUAUCAGUGACACAAUCGUUAAUCAUCGGAAUAAUAUUUUCGGUGCUCGUAGUACUUCUUCAUGAUCAAAUCGGUUGGAUUUUCUCUUCAAGUGAAACUGUCAUAAAAGCUGUCACUGAUCUCUCUAUUCUUCUAGCCUUCACGAUUCUUCUCAACAGUGUUCAGCCGAUUCUUUCUGGUGUUGCGGUUGGAUCCGGUUGGCAAUCAUUCGUGGCAUAUAUAAACUUAGGAUGCUAUUAUUUCAUUGGACUUCCACUCGGAUUUGUUAUGGGCUGGAUUUUCAAGUCUGGUGUCAAGGGUAUUUGGGCUGGUAUGAUAUUUGGAGGAACAGCGAUUCAAACAUUGAUUUUGAUCUUUAUUGUUAUGAGAUGUGACUGGGAAAAAGAGGCCCAAAAAGCAAAUGUUCACGUUAGGAGAUGGUCUGUCUCAAAUUCAAGAAAUUGAAGAUUGUACAAUUUCUAUUUCAGUUUUAAAUUAUAAAAGCAUGCAUACUAAAAACUUGAUGCUACUGACGGAUUGUAUACAAUACAUGUUUAAGAUGUUUAAGAAAUAAUUGAUGGGUUUUUUUAACA